GCUCCGUGUGCCAUUCUUCGACGAGGCCCUCACAAUCUUUUCACGUUGCCGAGCCUGACCAGCAUACCUGUGCUUCUCAUUCCACUCCCCACGCCUAGCUAGAUUCGCCAUCCGCCUAUCCUGACGGUACUCCCGCAACGGUUUCUUUCUUUCCCAAUUCGGUGGCUGCAUCAUAGACACGCUUCAGACGGCAAGCCCAGUUUUCUGCCCCAGCAAGAAAAAAUAGCACUUCACUAAGCAUAGAGGGCUUCCCCCUCACCGUUUCGCCUUACCUUAGCAACGUCAACGCAAAAACAGCACAUUUCUCGAAACCAUGUCAUACAGCAUGGAACCCGCACCGCAUCCCAUCCAGCCCUAUCAGGACGAGCAGGCCGAGCACAUACCCCCCAGUACCGGUCAUCAGAAUGCUGCUCCUUCCACCGUACCGGCCUCCCAUCAAUAUACCGGUGCCCACUACCAGAAUGGCCCUUCUUUCUCAGCCACGCCUCAGACUACCUACUCGAGCUACUCCAACACAUCAGCGACUUCCUACCCGCCUGCCCCCAACAGCCACUACGCCCCUCCCACGACAACCGGAUACCUUCCGCCCUCUACCGCCCAGUAUCCUUCGGCGCACACCAGCUACCCACCUUACAACAGCAACUUUUAUCCUACUGCACAACCGCAAUCAAAUGCCCUCGUGCCCAUGUCGCAGCCAUACCCUGCCCCCUUACCAGCUAUGAAUACUCAAGCCCCAGCCGGUCAGCAACACCAGCCCCAUGUGUUUGAUACCACAGGCCAAGUUGCCCCUCCAGGGAUGAAGCCAAGGGUGACUGCAACCUUGUGGGAGGACGAAGGCAGCCUGUGCUUUCAGGUCGAGGCCAAGGGCGUGUGCGUUGCCCGACGUGAAGACAACCACAUGAUCAAUGGGACCAAACUUCUCAACGUGGCGGGAAUGACGCGAGGGCGCAGAGACGGCAUCCUCAAGAGCGAGAAGGUCAGGCAUGUGGUCAAAAUUGGCCCAAUGCAUCUCAAAGGUGUUUGGAUCCAAUUCGAGCGUGCGCUGGAGUUCGCAAAUAAGGAGAAGAUCACAGAAGCACUAUAUCCUCUAUUCGUCCAUGAUAUUGGAUCCCUCCUGUACCAUCCAGCUAAUCCAACAAGGCAGAGUCAUCCGAACGGGAUGUUAGCGCGCAGAGCAGAUCCAACACAGACUUCCAGAUACAUCACGGGCGCCACUACGACGCUGCCCCCUUCAUUGCACCAUCAUUCGAUAAGUGCACCCUCCGCCUCCCAACCGCCGCAUCUUCUUCCCCCACAUCCGACGGCCAGCAGACCGGCGAUCCUGGACAGGGCCCAUACCUUCCCUACCCCGCCCAACUCGGGCGGAGUUUCAGUGGGCAUGUCCGGCUCUGAAUGGAGUGGGUCGUACCAACAGAAUAUGCCCGCCCUUGCGGUGGAUACUGGACUCCCCCACGCACGUUCCGUUCCGACGACGCCUGCAAGUACGCCUCCUGUACCUGGAUUGCCUGCCGCAUAUGAUGCCACCGGCUCCAUGUACUCGAACAUGCCGCCGUCUCAACCCGUCACGUUUCGAAACAAUCAACAGCUGAUUGACUACCGCCACCAGGACUCCCCUGGGUCGAGGAACGAGAUGGCGCCGCCCUCAAGAGCUGGCGAGCCCGAGGAUGCGAAGCCAGUCGAAGCGACACAGGCGCCUGUUGCCGACCAGGGUGGUCAGGAAAACGAUAAUGAGUACACGACCAGCAGCGCCUACAACGGGAACCGCGUGGCGUAUCCUUACGGCUCCACCGCAUCGUCCACGCACGUGGUUGAGGAGAUCACGGAUUCCCCGCGCCAGAAUGCGUCCGGCCGGCAGACACCCCGAACGAACGCCGCCCACACGCAAUGGAAUGGCAGCUACUCGUCCACCCAGCGCCCGUCAAGCUCUAGCAACGUGUACAAUGUGAUGGCGGACAGCCGUGGCCCCAAUUCGAAUGGCAAUAUCGAGAACUAUCCCAGCCAAACGUACGCGAAUUCCAACGGCAUGAGCAACGCCGUCAAUGGUGCGUCGACGACUAUGAAACGAGGCCAUGAAGAGGAGCACGAUGACGCUUCGGUCGACACAAUGGAUGGCAUGGCGAAGCGUCGCAGGACCCUUGAAGGCGGCGCAGUGGGUGGCACCGCCUACCGGGAUGCCUCACAGCAGCUCCGGCGUGAACAACGCAACAUGUAUCCUGCCACUCAGGCCAGGAGAUGAUAUAUGCGUGAUGCGAAGCGGCGGUCUACCGCCUUGUUUUUACACGGCACGGAUACGUCCAAGGCCGGAACUUGUUCCUCAAGCCGACCACCUAUUCUCCGCUUGAGAAACGUACGAAUCUCCUCUUAUUCGUGUUACGCCGCAAAAGCAUGCUCCCAUUCUGAUGUCGCCAACCUCGGGCGGCUUUCUUUUGUUGUUUCCCACUUCGUAACGCGACCAUGACCAUGUUCUUUUCUUCAAUCUACUGCCUGCGAUUUGCGUCUUGACGAAUCUGUUUGGCCUUCGUUUUUCUCUUUCUCAUUUCUUCGUUUC